AUGGAUGAAGACCAAGUGAUUAGUCAUCAACCGGGGAAGAGUCUAGUAGAAUCGUAUAUCCCGUUCCACAUGAACUUGUCACCAUAUAAACCGAAGAAAUAUUCCUAUUGGAUGGACGCGACGAUGUGGAGUGAGAAAAUGCUUGAGAAGCAGUUGAUCAAAGUUGACAUGCGAGACUUGGGGAAACGGGUGCGAGGGACCCAUUUAACGGGCAAACAGUUAUUAACGAUCACUUCGAAGUAUAAUGUGAAAUUGGGAGCCGAUUUACAAGACUGGCGAUUUCUGUUGAAGUACCGAGACGAGUGUCAGCGGACCAGUGCGGUCUGCACGUUACAAAAAGCGAUUCGAAGUCAUUUGAAUCAAAAGUUACAGAAGGAUUACAUUUACUGUUCGCAUGUUGUGAGUGAGAUCAUAACAACGGAGCAAACGUAUGUCCAACAAUUAGACGUUGUUGUCGACUUAAUUAUGGGCCCACUUAAAGUCGCCAACGCGACAAAUCAAAUCAUCACAGAAGACCAAAUGAGACUCAUCUUCUUUGGACUUCAGAACAUCCAGAAGACUAAUCACAUGCUUCUCGAUAACUUAAUAGAGAACUGCCAAGACUUUAACCAGAACACUAUGGUCGGGUCCGUCUUCCUUAAGUUCACGCCGUUCCUCAAAAUGUACUCGGACUAUUGUAGAGUCUAUAACGCAGUCACGGACUGCGUCUGCGUCACUUUAAAGGCUCCACACCCGUUCGCCAAAUUCAUCGCAGACCAAAUGAGUCACGCACCACUGGCGUUGAGGAAAUAUACAUUGACGUCACUUCUUAUAACACCAGUGCAAAGACUGCCAAGGUACAAGUUAAUGCUUGUCGAUCUAUUGAAACACUACCGAUUAGACCACCACGACUACUUCACACUCAGAAAUGCAAGAGACGAAGUUAUUAAAGUAGCCACAUAUGUCAAUGAGAUGUCUCGAGUGCAAGAGAGCACAGAGACUAUAUUAAACUUGGCAAAGAUCACUAAAGGCGUUCCAGAGGGCUUUGCGAUAUGUGGGCCUGAUCGAGUCUUUUUAAGUCGGAACAAUGCAGUACUUUUCGAGACGGUCAUUACGAAGAGGAAGAUGAUGAUGGCGGACAGUAACGAGCAAAGUGGGGAACAAAGCGAUGAUUACUGUGACAUGAAUGCGGAAUUGAAAGAGAGAGAAGUCGACUUCCCAGAAGUCGUCGAGACAAAUGUGACGGUCAUCUUAUUCAAUGACAUCAUCUUGUUUUUGACGGCAGACUUUGGCGCAAGUUUAGUCAACUCCGGUCUCAAAUUGUUUUCAUACGUCGGAUUGACAAAACAGACAAACUACGAAGCUUUCUAUUACUUCAAACAUUUCAAGUUGUGCGACACGGAACUUGAAAAGGGAAAAGAAGUCACUGAAGUCCAAAUCCUCGUCGGAGGAAAAGAUCAAAAGAUCAUCAAAUUUGAGAGCGAAAAGGUCUGCAACGAAUUCGUGGAAACCGCUUCAGACUACUCCGAGAAACAAAAAGCGAUGGAAAGAGACUUAAUACAGAGAAAGAGCAAAGUCUUUUUGAGAAACAUCAAAGAAAUCAAGCAGUCUAAAUAA